AUGGCUCGAUUCAAUCCAGGCCAUCCGAGCUUGUCGUUGGCCGCCCUUUUUGACAAGGUCUUCGUUUUGAGCGGCGGAUCAACCGGUAUUGGAGCCGCAACGGUCCUUCUCUUGAAUUCGUACGGAGCGAAAGUGGUGUUUGGUGACAUCGUACCACCCAAGACGUCUGUCGGUGACUACUUUCAUACAGAUGUCACUAAGUACGAAGACAAUCUUGCCCUUUUUCGAUUUGCUUUCGAAAAGUACGGUCGUGUCGAUCACGCCGUGGCCAACGCCGGAGUGAUCGAGCAACCAGGUUGGUUCCAACCGGAUGGCAUAGAAUCUCUUCAGAAUCCACCACCUGAUCUAGUGGUUGACGUCAACCUGAAAGGCACGUUGUACUUUAGUCACAUCGCGCUGCAAUAUCUUGCUCGCAACAGGGGCGACACAGACCGUUCUCUGACCAUGUUGAGCUCCCAAGCCGGCUUCAAGGAGACGCCAGGACUUUUUGUUUACCAGGCCACCAAACAUGGAAUUCUUGGCUUAAUGAGAUCGCUCCGAUUGUGGACGCCUACCACCUUCGGCGUGCGCGUCAACGCUGUCUGUCCAAGCAUGACUACUACCCAAAUGGUUGCUGGCAUUCAAGAUGCGUGGAUGGCCGGCGGAAACCCCGUCAAUGACCCAGCAGACAUCGCUAAGAUAAUCUGCGGUGUGGUGGCUGCCGGGCCUGGAACUGGGGCGGUCUGUGUUGGAGGUAUUGACUGGGACAAUUCCAAAGCCGGGUUGAAUGGCAGGGCACUGUUUGUAAUGGGAGGCGAAGCCUAUGACAUUGAAGAGGGAUUGGACCGAACCGAAGAUCUCUGGCUAGGCAGAGUCAUCAGUAAGAAACUCGAAAGAGCGCAGAAAGGGCUGGGAAAGGGAGAUGAUUGGGUGUCUUGA